CGCGUGCCCGAUUGCGCACGUACGUGCGUGCGCACUCGUGCGUGCGAGUCACGGAUAUUUUUUUUUAUUUAUUAUUAUGUAACAUGUUCCCAAUCACAUCGCUGUGUCUGCCUGAGAGUCGGAGGCAUAAGGUCGCUCCAAAGGAUACCUCGGCUCCCACCAGUGGACCUGACGCCUCCUUCCUUUUUCCUCCACCCUAAAACUCGAGUUGCGUUGUCUCACCUGAUGCAAAGCCCCGCCGCACGUCCAGGGGGAAAGACACGUCCACGGUGUCGAUGCGUAAAAGCGACGCUGAUUAGCAGCCGUUCGGGUGGCACUGAGUGACACGUCUCCCCCCGCGACAGGACAGCGGUGAGCGCGCACGAGGGGGUACGCUGGAGGACAGAGGAGACACCUGUCCGGAGCUGAACGGAUCCGGCACACAGCUGCAGACAGAGGCAGCAAUUAAAGACUGAAGUAGAUAUUGAGGAUAAGUCAAAGCUCUGAGAAAAUAAUUACACCGAGUGGGACGCUCGCAAAUUAGUAUAAUCGGUAACUGGCCUUUUGAAGCGAGCACAGGAAAAGCACCAUGGAGCUGCAGCACAGCGCCAAUAACAACCACGCCUUGUGGAAAGAGAUACCGUGGGACUUCACCGAGGACUGCUCGCUCUCCGUGAGCGGCUCCACUUUCCUCAUCAUCGCUUACAGCACCGUUAUGGCGGUGGGUCUCAUCGGGAACUCUUGCCUGGUGUUUGUCAUCACGAGGCACAGGGACAUGCGCAACGUCACCAACGUCUUCAUCGCCAACUUGUCCUGUUCCGACAUCCUGGUGUGCGUGAUAUGCCUGCCGGUCACUAUCAUCUACACGCUGAUGGACCGCUGGAUCCUGGGAGAAGUCCUCUGUAAGCUCACGCCCUUCGUCCAGUGUAUAUCAGUCACUGUCUCCAUCUUCUCCCUCGUCCUCAUCGCCCUGGAGCGCUACCAGCUCAUUGUCCACCCGACCGGAUGGAAGCCCGUGGUGGGCCAGUCUUACUUGGCCGUGGUGGUCAUCUGGAUCGUGGCCUGCCUCGUCUCUGUGCCUUUCCUCUCGUACGGCGUGCUCGCCUUGCCUUUCCAGAACCUCAGCACGCCCUUACCGAUCAACGACCACCUCAUUUGUAUGGAGAGGUGGCCAUCUGUUCAAGAGCGACGGGCCUACACCACCUUCCUGCUUGUCUUUCAGUACUUCCUUCCACUGGCCCUCGUCAUAAUCUGCUACCUGCACAUAUACCUGCGCCUCAGGCGGAGGAAGGACAUGGUGGAGCGCGGCAGGACCACGAACAAGAAAAACAAAGGCGCCGCCAGGAUCAACGUCAUGCUGUUCUCCAUCGUGGUGGCGUUCGCCGUCUCUUGGCUCCCCCUCAACAUCUUUAACACGGUGUUCGACUGGAACCACGAGGCCAUCCCGUCGUGUGGCCACGACGCCAUCUUCUCCUUCUGCCACCUCACGGCCAUGGCCUCCACCUGCGUCAACCCCAUCAUCUACGGUUUCCUCAACAGCAACUUCCAGAAACAGUUCAAGUCCACCCUGUUGCGCUGCCGCUGCUGGGGGGUGACGGAGCGGUACGAGAGUGUCCCACUUUCCACCGUCAGCACGGAGGUGACCAAGGGGUCGAUCUUGAGCAAUGGAUCUAUCAGCAACAAUACCUAGAUCCAAGCUUUUUCAGUAAAAGACAAAAAGAGACUGCCCGGGCAUCCUUUGGAGCAUUUUCUUGCUUCUCGCGGCGUGGAAAAAGCAAGGUUGACAUUUACAAGUUGUAAACCUUAUAACAGCAGUCCAUAAAGAGACAACGGCAGACUCUUACUCAGCAUGACUCGAAUGAGUAUGAGCUGACGCGAGGAAGCAGAUAACAAAGGAACGGUGCAAAGGUUGGACAAGUUUAAGUAUUGUAGGGUGACUGAAGGCACUUUAGAGGAGCACCUUUGCAACCGUAGUCUGUAUAGUUCACGCUCCAUGUGCUGCUGACAAAUACCAAUGAAGAGAAAGCAUUUAGUUUGGUGUCUUUAUGUUUUUAUUUCUUUAGCACUGACUUGUACUCAGAUUGUGAUGUUACCUUCUAUAAAUGUGAUCAAGUGCUGGGCAAUUGCAGGAUGAUUAAAAGGACACUGCUAAGGUUUUACUUUUCAAUUUCACUGUUUUAUAUUAUCAGUAUUGAUGAAACUAUUGAGUAAACUGUAAUGUGUUAAUGAUUGUUGCCUGAGUAACUCAUGACAUAACUAAAAGAGAGAACAUUAGUGCAUUAACUGUGUCUCAACACGUUCACUGAGACAAAUAACUAGCAAUCAUCUCAAUGCAUUUAUUAUUACCUAACAUCACCACACACCAUGAAAUGGUCUUUUACAGACAACCUUGGCUCUGGCCAUAUUCCUUACACGCUGUCUGCAAAGGUCUUUGCCGCAGUGUAUUGUGAGCCUUGGAUGUUUUUUUUCACAUAAAAUGUGCCACUCAACAACCAUUUAUCAAGUGCCAUAAAACUAAAUAAAAGAGGGAGUAAAAUACGCUGUCAAGCAGGGUUACCACGCUGUAUAUAACAUUGCUAAAUACGUGUAUGGCCUGUAAACAAUGUGACAGUUAUAGUUUAUGGUGUGGUGGGAAGUAAAGAGGCCCUUGUAGCGUAGCACAUGUCUCCUAGGAAAUCUGUUGUAAAAAUUGUGAAAUUGAUCUGAAUUAAACAUUUACUCAUCAUCUUUAAACAUAACG